AUGAUACCUGAGAAAUUACAGAAGAGGAGGGCCCAGGUUGCCGAGAACAAGGUCAAGGCCAAACACCGAUCUGGGGUCACUCCUGUUCUUCCUGUGAGGCUGACCAGUUGCAUCUUCACAAGGCCUGUGACUAGAAUAACUUCCCACCCUGGGAAUAAGACCAUGUGCAGGAAAGACGAAGAGAAGCUGGUGAAACCCCGGCAGCUCAGCGCAUUCAGAAGACUGCAGCAAUAUCAAGAAGACAGUAAAGGGGAACAGUUCCAUCCAUUGGACCUUACAAACCCUGUACAAAGAACUGCACUGGGAAUGCAGGCUGGAGCCAGAGUUCAAAGGCGUGCUAUUGACUUGCACACUUGCCCUGAUUUCACCUCUGCCCAGCCCCCGAGUUCGGAAAGGAAGGUGCAAGGGACUCCUGAGCUGUCGCCACCUUCUUUCUACAGCCAAGGGGUAACAACAGCUGUGGCUCUUCAGGUGUCACCUUCUUUCUACAGCCAAGGGGUAACUAUUGCAGACAUCCGGAGACAGACCCGGAGGGUAAAGAAAGCCCGGAAGAAACUGGCUGCGGCUUUGGAGGCAGAUAGGCUUGCCAGGCAGGCUGAGAAUAUGGGAAACGGAACAUACCUGAGUGUUCUGAAAACUGAAUGA